UAUCUGUUCAAGACACUAGAACCCGGUAUUAAUUUCUCGUUGUUUAAUGAGAAAAAUAAAGAUCUUUACACGCUAUUCAAGUCUAACAUGGUGGGCGGUCCAAGUAUCAUCUUCCACAGGUACCAUGAAAAACACGAAACCAAAAUCAGAGAAAAAGAAAUGAUAGCCCUGGGAAAGAAACCAAAGACAUGUCAGAAAGUAGUUGGUUACGACGCUAACGCGCUAUAUCUAUGGGCCAUCRUGCGAGAUAUGCCAACUGGACCCUACACACGUCGACGCGAAGAAAAUCUCUUCAAGAGGGAAACCAGCAUUAGGAUGGCAACRAAGUGGUUAGAGUGGGAAGCCCAUCAGAGGAACAUAUCAAUUCGUCACGAUAUGAACGAUACGGAAAAGAGAAUUGGGGACAGGMAACUACCAGUAGAUGGCUUCCAUGGUCCAUCGAGUACUGUUUUUCAAUUUCACGGUUGCUGGUGGCAUGGACAUGACUGUCAUUUGACUGAAGGGAAAGAGUAUAACGAGAGGAGGRAGAAACCUAUGGUGGAGCUGCUAGAGGAAACUCGACGAAAUUCCCAGUACAUACGCAACGAGGGAUAUUCCUUAGUAGAAAUGUGGGAAUGUCAGUGGCGAGAGCUAACGCGAGCCAAUCCUUCCUUGAGAGACUUCUUAAAAGAACRGUUUGAAAGGCCACUAGACAGUCACUGGACCCUGACUCAAAAGCAAAUUUUGGAUGGUAUAAAGAAUGGGAGUCUGUUUGGUUGCCUUGAAUGCGAUAUACGGGUCCCCGAACACCUAAAGUCCAAGUUUAGUGAAAUGUGCCCCAUUUUYAAGAAUACGAAAAUCAGUCGUGAAGAUAUUGGCGAGCAUAUGAUGYYCUUCGCUGAAGAACAAAACAUCAUGCCCACUCCGCGACGGAGUCUGAUAGGCAGUUACUUUGGAGAAAAAAUACUGUUGGCCACUCCYCUUGUAAGAUGGUACCUGAAUCAUGGGCUUGAAGUAACCAGAAUCUACCAAGUGAUUGAGUACACUCCCAUGUCUUGCUUCAAACCGUUUGGUGAGUCAGUAUCCAAUGCCAGACGUGCUGGAGAUGCAGAUCCCAAUAAAGCCAUCAUUGCUGAAACCAUGAAGUUGGUUGGAAAUUCAAGCUACGGAAAAACUAUUACAGAUCAAGAGAGRCAUCGAGACGUAAAAUUUUGCAAAGAGAAUAAAGCAAGUCAGCUUAUUAAUUCCCCAUAUUUUAGGCAGAUAGAUUUUAUUGACGAUACUACAUACGARGUGCAGUCRUGUAAGAAACGCAUCAAGUUGAAUCUACCUCUCCAGAUYGGMUUCUUYGUWUAUCAAUAUGCAAARUUGCGUAUGCUUCAGUUYUACUUUGAUUUCAUUGACAAAUAURUAGAYAGGARUGAUUUCCAAUAUUGCGAAAUGGAUACAGACUCUGCGUAUAUUGCUUUAGCUGGGGAAAGUAUCGAGSAAYUMGUSARGCCMGARUUGAAAGAKGAUUWUAAKCAARAUAURUSCAACUGGUUUCCGAGAACCGACAGUGCUGCAAAUGCAGCAUACGAUAAGCGUACCCCGGGACUGUUUAAAGAAGAGUGGUCAGGGGAUGGUAUUAUAGGUCUUUGUUCUAAGACUUACUACUGCUUUGGGGAUAGCGAUAAGUUUUCGUGYAAAGGGAUCAGUAAGAAAAAUAAUUGCAUCGACAAAGACAAAUACCUUAGUGUCUUGCUUACAAAGAAAAGUAGUGCAGGUCAAAACAAAGGUUUCAGAGUUGUGAAUAACAGUAUUUACACGUACAAUCAAAUUCGGAACGGGUUUUCGUAUUUUUAUCCGAAGCGMAUAGUGUUAGAGGAUGGUAUCACCACAAUCCCCUUAGAUAUUUAA